AGUUGCGCGCGCAACGAGUAUUCGCGCGCUUGUCUCUAUGUAAUAGUGAUGCGUGCGGUGAAAUAUGCCAUAACGCGCAGUUUUUAAUUGAACGUUAACAUUUUAAUAAAGUGACAACUUGAAUAAUAAUUUAAUAAUUCCCGCCAAAAAAGCUGCGAACAUAAUGGACGUCAAAUCUUCGGGGAAAUUACCAUAUCCAAAAGCGGUUGGGUUCAUAGUUACAAAUGAAUUCUGCGAAAGAUUUUCGUAUUAUGGAAUGCGAACGAUCCUUUCCUUGUACCUCCGCGACAAGUUGGGCUAUUCAGACAACGGCGCCACGGUCAUAUACCAUGUGUUCACAAUGUUUGCAUACUUCUUCCCAGUGCUUGGUGCGAUGAUCGCUGAUGGAUGGUUGGGACGUUUCAGAACAAUAUUUUACCUCUCACUUGUAUACGCCACGGGUACCGUCCUGAUAUCUGUAACCGCGAUGCCACCAGUGCCACUGCCUCAAUUAGAAUUUACAAUUGUAGCGCUGUUGCUCAUAGCAUUCGGUACGGGCGGUAUAAAGCCGUGCGUAUCGGCGUUCGGCGGUGACCAGUUUAUAUUACCAGAACAGGAGAAAUAUCUAGGCUAUUUCUUCUCCCUUUUCUACUUUGCGAUUAACGCUGGGAGUCUUAUUUCUACGUUCCUCACUCCGAUCUUAAGAGCAGACGUGCAUUGCUUCGGUGAUAAUGACUGUUAUUCCUUAGCCUUUGGAGUUCCUGGCAUACUGAUGGUUAUUUCUAUAGUGUUCUUUGUGGCGGGUAAAAGACUGUACAUAAUCAAGAACCCGGCGGGCAACGUCUUGGGAAACGUGUCAGCCUGUGUUGGCCAUGCUGUGUUAAAAUCUUGCAAAAGCAAGGAGAAACGCGAACACUGGCUCGAUCACGCAGACGACAAAUACGACUCGAGUCUAAUCGAGGAUAUUAAGUCGCUACUGCAAGUGCUGGUCCUCUUCAUCCCUUUACCAGUCUUCUGGGCGCUAUUUGAUCAACAGGGCUCAAGAUGGACUUUCCAAGCGGAUAGAAUGAACCAGGACAUUGGGGGCUGGACCCUGAAGGCAGAUCAGAUGCAAGUACUCAACCCUCUACUCAUCUUAAUCUUCAUUCCCCUUUUCGAAGUGGCAAUCUAUCCAUUCCUGACGUGGUGCAAGCUCGUGAGGAAGCCUUUACAUAAAAUGAUCUGGGGAGGUAUUCUAGCAGCAUGCGCCUUUGUUAUUUCUGGAAUAGUUGAACUAAAUCUUUUGCCCACGUACGGUACGCCAGUGUCGGAAGGGUUGGCACAGUUAAGAGUAUACAAUGGUUUCAAUUGUAACUUAACGUUAAAUCUAUACAAUUUAUCCGAAAACGCAAAUGGUAUUAAUAUCGGUCCUUUAGAAGCAUACGAAAAAUUAGAUAUAGAAGCUCACCAGCUAAUUGACUUGCCUUACUCUCUAAGAGGGCACGAAAGUAGUGCUUGUGCAGAUGUACAACAUGAUGGAUAUCUACGGCUAAAAGAGAAAACCGCAAAUUCUUUCUUCGUCACGGCCGGUGAAAUUUAUAAUUUUACUGACAAUAAUGACAAAGCUAUCGACGGAGUGAACGUGAGGUUCCUUUCAAAUACGGUGGCACCUGUACAAAUUUACAUACAAGACAACAUAAAGAAUCGAACAAAAUUAAGCUUAUCCAGUACUAAUAAGAAUCAAAACACUAUAGAUAAGGGGAUUUAUGAUGUUCUAGUUGCUGGACAAAUAGUAUUAAAAGAUUUCUCCUUUAAAUCGGGCGCUGUUUACACAAUUAAUGUAUAUGAAGACAAUGGGGGAAGAUACAUGGCGAAUGCAGUAGUCAUAACGCCACCGAACAGCGUGCACAUACUGUGGCUGAUACCGCAAUACGUUAUAAUGACGAUGGGCGAAGUCAUGUUCUCUGUGACGGGGCUGGAGUUCUCAUUCACCCAGGCGCCAGCCAGCAUGAAGUCAGUACUGCAAUCUGUGUGGCUCCUUACUGUUGCUUUCGGAAAUCUGAUUGUUGUGCUUAUCGUCGAGGGCAACUUUUUAGAUGCUCAGUGGAAGGAAUUUUUCCUGUUUGCCGGACUGAUGGUAUUGGACAUGCUUAUCUUUACUGUGAUGGCGCUGCGGUACAGAUACGUUGAGCUGAAAUCCAGCACUGAAGAGUUGGUUGUAGAAGAGAUCAGGAUGCCGGAUAGAACGAUUGCGCCCGAAAAGAACAACUAGCUAUUAUUUGUACAAAUAAUGACUUGAAUAAACUAAUUUUACGGAUUUUAUCGCGUUAAAACUUAUUGUUACUUAUUUUAAUUUGACGUUUCGGGUGCUUUUUAGCACUCACGUUUACGGCGGAGGCUGACUGAGAGAUAUUACAAUUGAAGGGUGAUAAUAAUAAUAAUAAACAUGCUAAUUUUCUUAGGCAGCUUGUUGUAGGUUUUACGAAAGCUCGCUUAAAGAUGUAGCCAUUCUUUUUUGUGACCCCUAUGACAUAUGAUAGUAACGCAGGCACAAGCUCGACUAUGGCAGGUUUCACUCAUUCACUGUGACCUAGGCGCUAUCCGAAGCUUGUUGGUUGUCUUGCAAUAUUUGCUUGACGUGCUGGAGUUCGACGGCCAAGUGUUUUCUGUCACAGAUCCCUUGUACGAAACAAAGAUUUUCCCACUUAACUGUGAUGGGUGAUGUCGAGAUUCACUAAUUAAAUAUCUGUUAGUACGGGUCUUUUAAAUUAGUAAAAAAGAUAAGUUAAAUUAGACGCGAUAAAGUCUGUAAAAUUGGUUUUAUUUAAUGUAAGGUAGUAUUCGUGUAAAUAUGAAAUCAAAUAAAGACUUGUUUUAAAUUUU